AUGGCCUCGGAGGCUUCCCUGGGCCUCGGGGCGCCCCCCAACCAGUUGUGUGCCCGGAGACCUGGCAUCUACGAGGGCGAGGAGGGGAGGACCUGGGUGACUGUGGUUGUGCGGCUCGGUCCCUCCCACCGAGCCCGGGCCCAGGGCUCCCAGGACAACGCACCCGACCCCAGCAUCACUGUCUACCUGUGGCACACGCCAACCCAGAAUCAGCAGCCCGUGCCCGCCAUCCAGAUGCCCUUCUCAGGACUGCCCCACGAGUGGCGGCUCCACCCCGGGAGGAGGUACCAAGCCUCAGACUCCAGCCUCUGGGAAGUAGCGGACCACAGCCGGGUGGACUCCAGGGAGCAGCUGAUCCUGACACAUCGGCCACAGGCGGCCACUGAGGAGGGGCGUGGCUGA